UGUAUUCUGUUAAAAACACAGCAGCUGAUGUUGAGAACGUCAUUAUUACUGUACAACAACACCGCACACGUCUGCAAUGUUUUCAUUAUUGCAACAACAUUGAGUCAUAGCUCGAAUAAUUUAUUUAAUUCGCCUCGAAUAUAAAAACUUUGCUUAAAAUAAGAUGGAUUUAACGCUGGAUAAGAAAUUGCAAGGUUUCCAACUUAUCGCUCAGGAAAAGCUGCAGGCUAUAAUUUGUUCUAUACCUGGUAAAAAAGAUUUAAUUAUAGAAAAUGCACUUAUAAAGCCUUUAGAACAUGUUUGUGCUGCAUCGUGGCUUAAGCUGAAAGGGAUACAAAGAAUAUAUAAAUUUGAUAACGAACAAAUUGUACCACGUACAGCUGAACACCAAGUUCAUAUAUUUCUAAUAUACAGCAGGUUGGAAAUAUUCCAAAAAGUUUUGAAGCAUAUAUCCGAGCUAGAGCGACAAAAUCCAACAGAUCUCGAGGCAGCUAUAAAGAGUUUUCACAUAAUUUGCGUGCCAAGCUGUUUCAGCCACUUUCAACUCCUGCUGGAAGAAGAAGGUCUUUAUGGUUUGGUGCAGUUACAUCGCUACAACUGGGAUUUCAUUUGCCUUGAUCAAGGAAUAAUGACUAUGGAAAUACCAAAUGUCUUCUCUACACUCUUUUUACGAAAAGAUACUUCUUUGUUGCCAGCGAUAGCACAAUCGUUACGUGUAUUGGAAAUUGUUUGCGGACGACCGGAGGUGAUCCUUACCUUCGGCGAACAUUCGGCUAAUUUGGUUAAAAUGGUGCAUACACUUAGUAAGAAUUAUAAGAGUAAUAGCCGCGAUUUACCAUCCGACUUUGCUGCUUUCAUCAUAAUCGACCGUGACAAAGACUAUCCCUCAAGCUUACUAACACCAGCUAUAUAUUCAGGAUUAUUACUAGAGGUUUUCGGUAGAAGAGCGGCGGAAAUCGAAUUAGAUACAUCUUCAAAUAAAAUAUUAAAGCAAAAGCUAGAAAUAUUUCAGCUACCUCGAAUAUCUAACAAACAAAAGCAAGCUGCACCAGUUGGAAAAACAAAGUCAAGUAGACUACCUAGUAUACGUAUGAAUGCUUUAAGCGAUGAAAUUUAUGGAGAAAAUCGUUACAAACAUUUUGCACAAGCAAGCGCGCAAAUACGUUCGCAAGCGAAGACAAUCAGUCUGGAAGUACAAAAGCUAAACGACAUGAAGCUAGACGAGAUGCAGGAUUAUGUAGCCCGUAAACUUCCAAAAAUUACUGAAUUAAAAACCAAAGUGAUGCGCCACCUAAAUGCCAGUGAACAAAUAAUUGAAAUGCUAGGAGGCAACUUUCGUCGUGUACAAUCCCUUGAGGAAAACAUACUUAACAAUGUAUCGCGCAAACGAAUACUAACUGAAAUCGAUGAGCUGCUCACUUCCGAUGGACAAAAGUACAAUACUCUCCGCUUGCUUUGCCUUUUACACUUAUGUGCCGGCAUAAGUAGUGAAGAAGUAAUACAAUUUGCACGGAACUUUUGCAAUUACUUCGGUCAAGAACACCUGAUUGUUUUUCAACAACUAGCUAGGGCAGGCUUACUACCCGAAGCAUGGGAGGAGGAGAAAUCAAAAACUCCAGCUAAACUUCUUUCAAAUCUGCCCAUACCAAAAUUUCAGCAAACCGAAUUUCAAGCAAACGCCAACAGAUUGAGAUUAAUGACAUCCUCAACCGCCAGCCAGUCACAGUCUUCGACCUCUGGUGGUAGCAAUGUUGAAAGUGGACCUGGUGGUACAACUUCAGGCAGUGGAUGUGCCAGUUAUGUGUUCAACAAUAUGUACAUACCAAUAUCAGCACAACUGUGCGCAUGCGCACUAAAAUCGCAAUCCUCAGAGGAGUUUGCCACUAAAGUAGGUAUGGUGGAUAAGUUAAAAAUGCACUUACCCGAUGGUACAACGCUCAGCGCCAAGUCUUUUGCCAACUCCGCUAAAUUGAAUGACUUGAAAGAAAUAUUCCCGCUGCAAAGACGUAAUAUUUUUAUAUUUGUACUUGGGGGCGUAUCGUAUGCAGAAAUUGGUGCUUGCGAUAUGAUAUCUCGCCUUACUGAUGCUCAAAUCCUUGUUAGCUCGGAUACCAUUGUCAGUGGUGGUGACUUAGUUGCUGGUGCUUUCUGACAAAUGUUCAAAAUUAAACUCACGAAA